CAAUUUUAUGUAAUUUUGACUAGCAAACAACUUUCUGUUUGGCUUACAAAUCAUUCUACGAAAUUUGGCGUUAGAAAAACUUACAUUCUAUGAAAUUUGAGAAUUAACUCAUUAAGAAGAAAGAAUAGUUGCAAAUCUAAGCUCGUUAGUCCAUUUUUAAGCAAGACACACAGUGUAAACAGGCUAUUUUUAGGGGUUUUGGACAUGCUUUAGGCUGGUUUAUGGCUAGUUUAGGCUAAUUCAAGGCCAUUUUUGGAUGUUUCAGUCUUGGUUUUAAAAGGCGAGAUGCGCAUAAAAGCGACGAGGUCUAAAACCGAGGCGCAAAGCGCGAAGCGGAAAAGCGGCAAGCUUUUCGUACAUGAGGCGCAAGCUAUUUAUAAAUAUUUUUUUUAUAUCCCAUAGGUUUUUUAGUUUUCCCUACCCAAAAUAUAUCAUUUGAUAAGCUCUUUUUAAGUGAUUGGAUUAGCUUAUAUUCUACAAGUCUUAAUAAGUUGUUAAAUCCACCAUUCUUUAAUUUGUUACAGUAAUAAGUUGCUUCAAUAAUUAUUAAUCCACCACCAUUUGAGGGCAAAUGAGUAACUUACAUCCUUACACAAAUAAGCUUUUUCAAAUAAGCUAAAAAACCAUCUUCAAAUAAGCUUCUUCAAAUUAGCUUAUAUCAGCUAAUAAGCAUAAGUUUAAAAAGCUAAACCAAACACCAAGUUAAGCUUAUUUUGUAAAAAAAAAAAGCUAAAAAAGCUAUAAGCUUUGUUAAAAAAGCUAGGCCAAACACCCCAUUUAGCUGCAUGUACAAGCCAAAAAACCCAAGGUACAACGAUUAGAUGCAUAAAAAUGCCUCAGGUACCCAAAAAAGCGCGCCUUUUUGGCGCUUUUUGUAAUUACUCUAGGUGCUAAGCGAAAAAGUCCCAAGGUGUGCGCCUUGUUGUGCCUCACGCUUAAGCACGCCUCAGGCGCGCUUUUUAAAACUAAGGUUUCAGUCUUUCAGACCAGUUUUAGCUGUUGCGUGUCUUGAUGGACGCAAGGCGGUAUGGCUGUGUUGGGCGCCUAGGGGAGCACCUUGUGCGCCUUUGUCUCUUUGACUACAUAGUUUCUAACAAACAACUCGGAAAAGCGACGAGGUCUAAAAUUGAGGCGCGAAGCGCAAAAACGGUGUGCUUUUCAUACCCGAGGCGCAAGGUGUUUAUAUAUUUUUUUUUAUAUAUCCCAUACAUAUCCCUUAGGUUUUAACUUCUUUUAACCUAUAUAUAGCUAUAAAUAAGGCUUUUAUACCAUUUUACUUACAUGUACAAGUCAAAAAACCCAAGGUACAACUUUUUUCUUGAGAAAAACGCCUCAGAUACAUGAGGCGCGCACCUCAAGCCAAAAAGCCCCCAAAAAACCCAAAAAUCUGCGCCUUUUGGGCGCUUCUUGUAAUUACACAGGGCGCUGAGCGAAAAAGCCCCAGAAGCUGCGCCUCACGCCUCAGGGCGCCUCAGGGAACUUUUGGAGCUGAUGCAAGCUGGAACACUAGAACCUGAAGUUGCUCUUCUCAAUGCAUCUCUGAUCCCAGAUAUCUUUCCCGUUUUAGCAGCUGCUCAUAAAACACUAGUAGCUAAAUCAAGGGACUCGUUGACUACUCGUACUCUUCACUCUGAGCUUGUUUAUAACUACUCGGGCUCUAAACAUAUUUCUGAGUCGUUAAAACGUUGUGGCAUAUCUGAUAGCACCACAUACAUUCUUGUUGCUCGGUUUGGUGCUUUAGAAGAAGAGGAGAUGACUGCCAUGAAGACACUUAUUAAAGGCAAGGAAAUUGAUUUAGAAGAGUUGGAAGGAAAAGCAAACAAGCCACAAAUACAAAAGCACUACAAAAUAACAGGAGUAGAACUGGGCAUAUCAACCCUGGGAGAUGCUAUAACGUGUCGAAUUGCUGCGCGUGAUGCGCUGUGAGGGUAUCUACAUGAUAAUUAUUUCCAUUUUCAUGACUUUCUUUUGCGAACUUACCAUGUAAGCAUGCGCUUGGAGCCGUAAGCAUAUGUUUACUUAUCGGUCCUGCUUGGUGGAUGACAAUUUUCUUUCUCUUGCAUGUAUUUUCUAGAACAUUGUAAAGAGUAUGACUUGCUGCAACUAAAAAGGUUAGCUACCGGUCGUGACGGGUUCAGCUAGAAGCAAAGCAAGUAGUACUCUAGCACGAGUUAAACUUAGAUGGAGGCCGGGUUGCCACACAAAUUCUGUUUAUGUUCCUUUUCAUAACUCUAUAACGUGUUAUAUAUGAUCACAAAUACUAGAUUCUUGCAAUGAUUUUUAUUUCUUAAUUAAGCAAU